AUGUGCCGACGUGCACGGUCAGGCAGAGAGAGGGCACUUGGGCUGCUUCAUCGAGAUACCUUACUCUGUGUCAAUAAUCUCGGGGUGGCACUGUCUAAUCAGGGAAAGUACUAUGAGGCGGAGGAGAUCAUGUAUCGACAUGCCUUGGAGGCUGUGGAGAAGGCUCUGGGGCCCGAUCAUCCCGUUACCCUCGAUACCAUGAAUAUGCUAGGCGAAACGCUUCUGGAUCUGAGAAUGUAUGAUCAAGCAGAAGCCGUUUGUCGACGCGCAUUGGCGGGUAGAGAGAAAGUUCUCGGAGCAGACCAUGGAUCUACCCUGACAAGUGCCGAUAACCUCGGUCGGGCUCUACAUAAUCAGAGAAAGUGCGGCGAAGCGGAGAUGAUGUUCCGAUAUGCACAAGUAGGCAGAGAAAAGGCACUUGGGCCGUAUGAUGUGGACACCAUACUGAGCCUCCAUGGUCUAGCUGUGGCGCUGCUUGAUCAGAAGAAGUUUGAAGAAGCGGUGAUUACAUAUCAGCAUGCGUUGGGGAGUAUGGAGAGGGCACUGGGGCCCAAUCAUCCAUUCACACUCGAGAGCAUAAAUAUGCUAGGGGAAAUGCUGCUUGACCUAAAAAGGUAUGAGGAAGCGGAAGUUAUGUGUCGACGUGCGCUGGCAGGCAGAGAGAGGGCGCUUGGACUAGCUCACCGAGAUACCUUACUCAGUGUCAAUAAUCUUGGAGUGGCACUAUGUAACCAGAGGAAGCACGACGAAGCAGAGGCUAUGUAUCGUCGUGCAUUUGUGGGUGCUGAGGAGACGCUUGGACUAGAUCACCGAGAUACGCUGCUCUGUAUAUAUAACCUAGCUGGGGCAUUGUACAAACAGGGGAAGUAUUAUGAAGCGGAGAUGAUGUAUUGGCGGGUGCUGGCUGGGCGGGAGAGAGUCCUUGGGCCAGGCCAUCCGUAUACCCUCCGGUGCAUCGUCAAGCUAGUCGCCGUUCUGUAUGAUCAGGGAAAAUUCAGCGGAGCAGAGACCAUGUAUCGGCGUGCUGUUACGGAGGGGGAACAAGCUCUAGGGCCACGCUAUCGGACGGCCCUCAAAAAUGCUAACUGUCUCGCGAUGUUUCUCCGGGCCCGGGGAUCGAGUUCCACGGGCGAAUCGUCAUUACCGAGAUGA